AAAUUCCCAGAACCCAUUUCAUUGGUCGAUAAAUUUUGAGAGGCGGGGCUUUGUUUGUAGCAUACGGCGAUAAGAGGAUCAUGUUUGGACCUGUCGCGAUAUGUACCGAACAGAUCAAAACAUGUGAACAAUGUGUAGGAUUCUCAGUCUAUAUUAAUGUGAUACAUGACAGUGUGCUCCUCAUACUGGAAUUAGAUUUCAAACAGGGAUGUCUUCAAAAAUGUGUAGCAUCAGCGAAUUUUACAACAUAGCUACUGAAGAAUGCCAAAAGUGUUCCGAAUGUCCGAACGGAGAUUCCGUGAUGUUCAAGUGCUCUGCCUUCGUAGACACAAUAUGUAAGAAGGAAUUCUGGAAAGAUCUUCCCGUGCCUCCCCAUCCCGUCCCCACCCCCUCCCACGUGACCCCGAGGCCGGGUACAGUGGCGGUGGAGGUACUGCCAGAGGACUGGACGUCGAGCCCCACCGUCCUGAUGGUCGCCACCGCCCUGUUCCUGACAGUCCUCACCGUCGUCCUCGCCACCAUCAUCUACUGCCUGUGGAGGAGAGUCUGGAGGGCCAGCAAAGACAAAGAAAUCCUCUACCUCCCUCGACGGUACACCGAUGUUCACGAUAUGGAUGGUGAAGAGCCUCGUUAUCAGCCACUUCCGUCACGUGAGCGCCUCAAGAAAACCAACUACAUUGGAAGCAGUAUAUAUGCAAAUAACACGAUACCAAGCAUGCCAAAUACUCAUAUAUAUGUGAAUAUGUUAGACUUGAUUGACAAUGAUUACUGCAAUAUUGAUGACUACGUAAACUUAGAUUAAUGUGUGGUAGAAAGCAACCAAAGUUCCGUCUGUGAUAUGAAACGAGAGUUUCUAAAAAUAAAAGACAACUCACAAUGACGUUAUAAUACUCAAACGACACAGAAAGCGUCCAAGAUUGAACAAAAACGACAAAAAAUACAUGACUAGCCAAAACACAGAUUUUACAGUGAUGGACUAAACAAA